CUUCAUCAUAGGCAAAACACAUUAACUCUUACAUGAAGAUCGUGAUCUUUGAACUUCAACUAUAUAAAAAUCGGACAUGCAUGGCUGGCCACCAAUGUGUUGGCCUUCACUUUGGGAUGGCCAUACAAUAAGGCCACAACCAUUAUCGACUUGUGUGUCCCGAUAAUAUCAUUGCUAAGUUCUCUCACUAAAACCAUAGUUUAAUAAAACAUUUUAUACUUUGCACCCCCAUCGAGACGAAAAAAAGUAAUCACACGCGCACAUGGGUGCCAUGGCAAUGAAGAUUUACAAUGGUUAUGAGAUUGCAGUCUUGGUUGCAAUAGUUUUUUUAGGUUCUUUCAUGGAAAAUUCAGCUACCACCACAGGCACCAAUACCACGGACAUGUCAACAGCAAUUCUCAUAAGUGUGGAUCAAUCGGGCAAUGGAGAUUUUAAGAAGAUACAAGAUGCUAUUGAUGCAGUUCCAUCUGAAAACUCAGAAUUGUAUUUCAUUUGGAUUAAGCCAGGGACAUACAGGGAAAAACUUCAAGUGCCUGCGGAUAAACCCUUCAUAACAUUGAGUGGCACACUGGCCUCUAACACCACCAUAACAUGGGGUGACACUGGGGAGAUAAUUCAAUCUGCAACUCUUUCUGUAUUCGCUUCUGACUUUGUUGCACGAUAUCUCACAAUUCAGAAUACGUUUGGGACAUCAGGCAGAGCUGUUGCCCUUAGAGUAGAGGGAGACAGAGCUGCUUUCUAUAGUUGCUAUAUUCUUUCGUAUCAAGAUACUCUCCUGGAUGAUACUGGUAGACACUAUUACAGCAACUGCUAUAUAGAAGGAGGCACUGAUUUCAUUUGUGGAAAUGCUGCUUCCCUCUUUGAACAAUGCCAUCUUCAUUCUCUCUCAACUGUAGGUGGAGCUAUAACUGCUCAACAUAGGAAUUCAUCAUCAGAGGACACUGGCUAUACCUUCUUGAAUUGUACGAUCACUGGUGUAGGAACUGCUCUCCUUGGAAGACCAUGGGGUCCUUACUCUAGGGUGGUCUUUGCACUAACUUACAUGUCCAGUGCGGUAGUGCCACAGGGCUGGGAUGACUGGGGAGAUCUAAGCAAGCAGAGCACUGUGUACUAUGGUGAGUACCAGUGUUAUGGUCCAGGAGCCAAUAGAACUAAGAGGGUUGGAUGGUCAAAGAGCCUAUCAAACCAAGAGGCUACACCCUUCUUGACAAAGGACAUUAUUGGAGGGCAAGAUUGGCUUAGACCUUCACCAACUCACUUCAUCAGGAGAGGCUCUACCAAUGUCACAGUGAAUGUUCCUUGAAAUAAUUGAAAUAACUAGUAUACCACAAUACAUAUCAUAAUAAGUAAGAGUUCGAAUUUGGUAAGGAUGAUAUGUAAAACUUAUAUUUUACGUCAUAUAAUAAGAGAUUGUCACAUCAGUUUUUUUUUUU